AUGUCUGGCAGAGGAAAAGGCGGUAAGGGACUGGGGAAAGGAGGCGCUAAGCGUCACCGUAAGGUUCUCCGUGACAACAUCCAGGGUAUUACUAAGCCUGCAAUCCGUCGUCUGGCUCGCCGUGGCGGUGUGAAGCGUAUUUCUGGUCUGAUCUACGAAGAAACUCGUGGUGUUCUCAAGGUGUUCUUGGAGAACGUUAUCCGCGACGCUGUUACUUACACCGAGCACGCUAAGAGGAAGACCGUCACCGCCAUGGAUGUGGUCUAUGCUCUCAAGAGACAAGGACGUACUCUGUACGGCUUCGGCGGAAAACGCUUUCUCGCCAGAAUGGAUUCUUCUGUGCAUUUUUAUGGAUUCGUUGUUAGUGAAAGUUUGACCACAAAUUGA